AUGUCGCGGGGGAGGAUGCCCCGGAGGCCUUUCGUCACGGCGACGAGUCCGACGUCUUUGCACAGCUGUGCGACGGCUCGCACCACGCGGUCGUGGGUGCGGACCCUGUUGCCGCCGGCGUUGCCUUCCUUGUGGUUGAGGAUGUGGUGGACGGCGUUGUGUGUGAACGUCGCGUUGCCGCACUCGGCAUGGUGGCGUGCGAGUUUCCGGUCGAUGAGGACCUUGAUGGCGGCGGGGAUUGAGGCCGAGCUCGAAGCGAACUUGGUUUCGCACGUGAGCGGUGGAGAGCUCCCCGGCCUUCGAGAAAGGGAUCACCGUGUGCCAGGCGGUCGCGCCUUCGCCCCGGAGCGAGUCCAUGGAUACCGCGACCUGGGCGGCGAACUCGCGGACGUGUGGGUCCGCGGAGUACAGGUACACGUACAAAUGUACGGAAGUAUCUACACGUUGUACAACGUCGGAUGUACACGUACACCUGUACACGUGUACAACGUCGUUACCGUACAGUACGUGUACUGUACCUAA